AAAUGGACUAUCCAGGCUCUGAUUACCACCACCAUAUCGCUGACUACCACCACCUUGGAGGAUUGGACCUGGAUCUGGACCCAAGAACGAGGUCAAGUACCUGGCCGCUACGAGACCCUGCGUUGUUAAGCGCUGCCGCUGGAGUGGACUCUGACAACGAGCAGCUAGGCUACGAGUCACCUCGUCCAGGCACUGGUAUGGAGAUCAAAGCUGAGACGCCAGAAUGCGAGUCCCCUAUCCCUCACCACUCGAAGUCGGAGCCCAAACCUGCAAAGAUGAGAAACGCCUGGGGGAAUAUGUCCUAUGCUGAACUAAUCACUCAAGCUGUGCUGUCUUCGCCAGAGAAGCGACUAACCCUGUCUGAGAUCUAUGAUUGGAUAGUUAAGAAUGUCCCCUACUUCACUGAUAAGGCCAACAGUCCUUCAACUGCUGGUUGGAAGAACUCAGUGAGGCACAACCUCUCUCUGCACAGUCGAUUCGUGAAAAUACAAAACGACACGUCCGGCAAAAGCAGCUGGUGGACCGUUGAUCUAGACGCUAAAUCGAGCAAAACAAGUCGAAGAAAUCGUUCUCACUCCGUGGACAAUACCAAUAACUCACCAAGAAGCCGAAAGAGGGAGAAGAAAAGCAAACUUAAAAAAAUCAAAGGAGCGUCAUCUCAGGACAAUAUUCUGUCAAGCCCGUGCCACAGUCCAACGCCCCUGUUACAGCCAUCAUGGAGCCCUAGGCCGUGCCCCUCCCCCACUGGGUCUGAUCUCUCCCCCGGUUAUUCACCAAUUAUGCAAUCACCAAUUAUGCACAGGGGUAGCAGAAACGUGACCCCCGUAUCCCCUCUCAUAUCUCCCCCCGGAAUCGACCAGCAAUGUCAAGGAGUGUUCAGUGGCUCCAACUCUUCGCUGCUAGAUGGCGACGGGCUCGACAUUGGGGAUCCCAACACCUGCACGGAUAUGCUGGCUCAGUUGAACCUUCGACCAGCUCGAGAGCUCAUGGGCAGCUCUUCGUCUCUCUCCUCUCUCAACUCACCUCGUUUCUUUGUCACAAAGAGCCCUCACCCCGUGUUCACCUUUGCCGGGCCUGGACCCGUGGAUUCCUCUGGAUACUCAAGCAUAUCGGAUACUGAGAUUCCCGAAGGCAGUUUUCCGCCACCCCCUCCAUACGAAGACCAUUUACCCCAUCAACAAGUUCGUCCCACUUGCUACACUCCUACACGCUCGGCUGCACACCCACACCCACUGCAGAUCACAUUGUCGGCCGAUUCUCGUCCGAGAUCUGGUUCCGAGCCGGUGGCCGUGACCAAUCAUCGAUUCCCUCAAGACAUUGACAUGGAACUGUUCCAAAAUGGAGCCGAAUUUGACUGUGAUGUGAACAGAAUUAUAAAGGAGGAAAUGCAGUACGAUAAUGGACAUUUGGGAUUUCAAUUUACCCCCCAGCACCACCGCCCCCCUCACCAUCAUCACAUUCCCCAUCAUCGUCACUCCCACCCUGCCACCCUCUCUCCACACGGUGACCCCACAUUGACUUCUGCCGCUCUUCAAGGUGACCCGAUUCUCAUGCAAGGACAUAACUUAGCCAACAGGACGGCGUACUGCUAGCCUACAAACCACAAGAACACUUAUUAAUUUGGAAUUUAUCCCUUUACCUCCCACAAGAACUGCGUGAGUGACUGCUCCACCCAUUUUUAUAGACUGCACUUUACCCCACAACAUGUUUGAUGUGUCUGCUCAUGCAUGCGUUUGUAAUCAUUUUCUCUGCCACACAAGUGGUUUAGUUUUUACCAACUUAACAGGUUUUAGCACCCCCCCCCCUAGUUUUAUCGCAUUUUGUCUACUUUCUAUACCUUCUACAAAUGUGUGUGUGUCACUUUAUUCUUGUUCAAGUUGUGCAUUUGAGCUAUAAAUGAUGUGUUACUGCUUCAGAUAUAUGUUAUGAGUUUGUGAUUUGAUAA